AUGUCGUCCAGCGAGAUCGGGGGCUAUCGAGUUGUCUUCCAGAGAGGGAUAACGGGCGGCUUCGCUCCUCCAACUCCCGAGGCCCUCUACUCGCUAGCAGUCAGCGAGGACAGUACCGAGCUCACAAUCACCUCGCAGAUCCGUCCAAUCGGUACCCCUACUCUCCAGCCUGCCGUGACCACGACGCUUGCCAUCGACGACGGUAACGUCACGGUUUUAGCUGAGCUCAAGGACAUACUGUCCAGUAUACCCCCGCAAUACCCGGGAGCUCAGGACUAUUAUGGCACUGAUAUCAGCAUCGUUGCUAUCCAGGACUCUGUACAGGCGGCAAUGGGCGGAGUGCCUUAUGGAUCUGUUGCAGACAACGCCUGCCAGCCCACGACAGAGCACGUUGCGAAGUUCAACAGGGCUGUGGAGAUUGUCAUGGAAUUAGUCAACAAAGUAGAGCAGUAG